AUGAUGAAUAGUAACAGUGCAAUGAAAUCAUUAUGUGUGCUGUCGUUGCUUCUGUUGGUGAGUGUUGCGGUGGCUAGGAAUGUGAGGCAUGUUGAUGCUGAGGAGAAGACUUUUGUUGGUGGUGGUAAGGGUGGUGGAUUUGGUGGGGGAGCUGGUGGUGGAGCUGGAGGUGGCGGAGGAUUAGGAGGGGGUUCUGGGGGAGGACUUGGUGGUGGAGGAGGUGGACUAGGAGGAGGAGCUGGAGGGGGAGGUGGUCUUGGUGGGGGACAUGGAUUAGGUGGUGGAGGAGGUAAGGGUGGCGGAUUUGGAGGGGGUGCUGGUGGUGGUGCUGGAGGAGGAGGAGGAUUAGGAGGUGGUGCUGGUGGAGGAGGAGGUAAAGGUGGUGGAUUUGGAGGAGGUGCUGGUGGUGGUGCUGGGGGAGGAUCCGGUGGUGGAUUUGGAGGAGGUGCUGGUGGUGGUGCUGGUGGAGGAGUCGGAGGAGGAUCCGGUGGUGGAUUUGGAGGAGGUGCUGGUGGUGGUGCUGGGGGAGGAGUUGGAGGAGGAUCGGGUGGUGGAUUUGGCGGAGGUGCUGGUGGUGGUGGAGGAGCUGGUGGUGGGGUAGGAGGAGGAUCAGGUGGUGGAUUUGGAGGAGGAGCUGGUGGAGGGGCAGGUGGAGGAGCUGGAGGUGGUGCAGGAGGAGGAUUCGGAGGGGGAGCUGGUGGUGGUGCUGGGGGAGGAUUCGGAGGAGGAGCAGGUGGAGGUGGUGGCUUUGGAGACAAACACUGA